AACACUUGUGGUGAUUCAGAUUCAGUCUUACUAUUAUUUUUGCCUGUUUAUGGCCCCAUAGCACUCGAAAUUGGAUUUAGCCUAAAAGGACAGAGUGGAAGUGUGAAGUGAAGAUGACCUCGUACGUGCGUGCCAUGUACGACUUCAGCGGGGAGCCCGGAUCCUCGGAGCUUUCGAUCGCCACCGGAGACGUGCUUUCGGUGACGCGCAGCGAUGUGGGCGAGGGCUGGUGGGAGGGCAAGAACGCCCGGGGGCAGAUUGGCCUCUUUCCGGCGGCCUACGUGGAGGUGAUGUCGGCGGCGGAGGCCCAGAAGCUAAGCGCCAGCGGAGCCACCUCAGUGCCUCAGGUUGCUGAUCCCUUUGCCACGCCAGCUCCUCCACGUUACGAUCAAACAGCCGAUGACGAUGGGAGCAACUGGGAUGAUGAGGACGAUUGGAGCGAUGACAACGACACAUACUCGGAGAUUGGACCGGCUGGAAAUAGGGGCUCAGGCCAGGCGGCACGCUCUGCAGGAUUAUCGCACUCCACCAGCGAUUACGAUAACAAACACCUACCCAUCGCUCCCAACGAUGACACCCAAUCGCUGGCCUCCGCCGCGGGUGGAGGUUCUGGUGCCGCCGGGACCGUCAAGAAGGGCAUGUUUGCCAAGAGCUCUGAUUCGUACAUACUCGGCCUGUCCAGCCCCAAGGAGAAGAUACCAGAAUGCGAGAUGGCCUACAUUACCCAGCAGGAGGAUUCCAUCUACCAGUGGACGCAAAAUCACUCGCCCUACUCCGUUGUGGUGGCCAGUCCCAAAAAGGAGUCCAAGUUCAAGGGGAUGAAGACGUUUAUCGCCUACCAACUAACGCCUAGCUUCAACAACAUAUCCGUGUCGCGUCGCUACAAGCAUUUCGACUGGUUGCACGAACGUUUGGUCGACAAGUUCUGCCUGAUUCCGGUGCCACCGCUGCCGGACAAGCAGAUCUCCGGCCGCUAUGAAGAGCAAUUUGUGGAACAUAGACGCGUUCAGCUGCAGGAGUUCGUGGACUGGGUGUGCCGCCAUCCGGUGAUCUCGAAAUGCGAGGUCUGGUACCAUUUCCUCACCUGCCGCGACGAGAAGAUCUGGAAGUCGGGCAAGCGCAAGGCGGAACGCGAUCCCUACAUGGGCGUCAACUACUGCCUGGCCAUCUCGCCGCCGGACAAGAAUCUGCUGCACUCAAAGGUCGAUGCCCAGUUGGAGCUGGGCACCCAGUUCAUCCACAGCAUGGACGUGGCGGUGCGCAAUCUGAACAACAUUUCCAACGACAUGGCCAAGCGCUCGAUGUCGCAGAGUAAAAAGGAGUUCCAGCGCAUCGGCGACGGUCUUUCCGACCUGGCCAAGGCGUUGGCCAUCGAUGAGCGGCGUGCGCCCACGCGGAACGCUGUUCCGCUCUCCGAGAGCGUCGGACGCAUCGGUGGCAUCUUUAUUGGUAUUGGCCAGGCCUUCGGCGACCAGCCAAAGCACGAUUGGAUUCCGCUCUCCGACCGACUGCACAUCUACAGGGGCGUUCUUAACUGCUUUCCGGAUAUCUUUUCGACGCAUAAGGGCGCCAUCCAGAAGCGAAAGGACUGCGAGCGAUUGGCCGGCGAGGGCAAGAUGAACAAUCCCCAGCUGCACGACGUGAACCGACGCACGGACGUCGUUUCCUACACGGUUCUGGCCGAGCUGACCCACUUCAAGAGCGAACGGGAUACGCAUUUAAAGCACACGCUUAAGAAUUUCAUUGCCGAGCAGAUUAAAUUCUACCAGGGAGUGGUGGCGCGUUUGCAGGAGGCCAGCCGCCAAAUUGAGUAGCUUGACCCGUGGACUUAUCGUUGGAGAUCGGCUGGGAGCACAAAGCAACAAAAGGAUGGAACCAUACCGAGCACACACUUUCACGGGAAUAUACAAUGAUAUAGCUGAAACGAUUUGCACGCGCGCAUUCCAAAUGCCUUAGAAAGGAACGAUUACUUUAAGAGUGGUUCUAACUAAAUGUUUAACAGAAACAAAAAAAAAUAUUACAUAAUGUUGUUUUUAAGUGAAAAGUUGCGUAUUUAUACAGAAAUUAACUUUUAUAUGCCUAUUAUACACUGAACUUGGAAAACAAAUACAAUUAUAUUUAUAAAAAGCA